GUUUCUUUUUAGUGCGUUUUGUUGUCUAGAAUAUUGUGUGUGUGUGUGUGUGUGUUUACGUCAUCCUUAGUUCCCGCAAGAGAGAGAGAGCUUCUUUUGUGAGCUGGGUAGCGGGUUUUGUGUUUCCCCCUUGUAAGGGUAUCUAUUUUAAUAAUUAAUAAAGGCAUCUAAUAGGCAUAGCAGAAAAAUGGAAUCUAUUGAAAGUAUAAUGAGAUAUGAUAAAGAAAAACUUUCAUCACCAAUAAAAACUGUUGAGGAUAAAUGGAGACUCUUACCAGCCUUUCUGAAAACAAAAGGACUAGUGAAACAGCACAUUGACUCUUUCAAUUAUUUUAUUAAUGUGGAGAUCAAGAAAAUUAUGAAAGCAAAUGACAAAAUAUUAAGUGAUGCUGACCCUAAUUUUUAUCUUAAGUAUUUAAACAUUUAUGUGGGUAUGCCUAAUGUUCAAGAAAGUCUUGGAAUAGCUCAGUCAAUAUCUCCACAUGAGUGUCGACUACGAGACAUUACAUACUCUGCCCCUAUAACUGUGGACAUUGAAUUUGUCAGAGGAAAACAACCUUACAUAAAAAAAAAUGUAGAAAUAGGCAGGAUGCCUAUUAUGUUGAGAAGUUCUAAUUGUGUUCUAACUGGAAAAACUGCUGCAGAAAUGGCCCAGCUUAAUGAAUGCCCAAUGGAUCCUGGUGGCUACUUUAUUGUAAGAGGAACAGAAAAAGUUAUUUUAAUCCAGGAACAGUUGUCUAAAAACAGAAUGAUUGUUGACAAAGAUAGCAAAGGCAAUAUUGAAUGUUCAGUGACUAGCUCUACCCAUGAAAGAAAAAGUAAAACUUAUGUGACCACAAAGAAAGGAAAUUUCUAUUUAAAACAUAACAUAUUCUCAGAGGACAUCCCGAUCUGUAUUGCUUUCAAAGCUUUAGAUAUUGCUAGUGACCAGGAUAUAAUGCAACUUGUAGGAAAUGAAGAGGAAACUUUUGAUGCAAUGUCACCUUGUCUUGCAGAAUGUCACAGAGCCCAGGUGUUCACUCCCUUGCAGGCAUUAGAGUAUAUUUAUUCCAAGAUUCGCCAAAGAAUGUAUGGUACAAAAAAGUCUAAGGCUGAUGAAGCUAGAGAUGUUCUAAAAAAUGUGAUACUAGCCCAUGUUACAGUUGUGGAUUGGAACUUUAGACAAAAGGCUGUAUAUUUGGCUUUAAUGGUUCGGAGAAUAAUUCUAACUCAAGCUGGCAAAAUUAAGUUGGAUGACAGUGAUUAUUAUGGCAACAAAAGAUUAGAAUUAGCUGGCCAGUUGCUUGCUCUCCUUUUUGAAGAUUUGUUUAAACUCUAUAACCUUGAUCUGAAGAAAGUUGCUGAUAAAAACAUUCCUAAAGUCAGGGUCACAGAAUUUGAUAUCACAAAGUUCAUGCGAACAGAUCCUAUCACUAAUGGUUUGGCCAAUGCAAUAGCAACAGGCAACUGGACCAUCAAACGUUUUAAAAUGGACAGAGGAGGAGUUACACAAGUUUUAUCUCGCCUGAGUUAUAUAUCUGCUCUUGGCAUGAUGACUAGAAUAAACAGUCAGUUUGAAAAAACUCGCAAAGUUAGUGGGCCAAGGUCACUGCAACCAUCCCAAUGGGGACUCUUAUGUCCAUCUGAUACACCAGAAGGUGAAGGCUGUGGUCUAGUAAAAAAUCUGGCACUGAUGACUCAUAUAACUGUUGAUGUUGAAGAAACUCCUGUUGCCAGAAUAGCUAUCAGUCUUGGUGUGGAAGAUAUAGAGAAUUUAAGUCGAGAUAGAAUCAAUAAGUACUACACAGUCUUUCUAAAUGGUAAUAUUUUAGGUAUGAUUUUGCACUAUGAGAGAUUUGUCACUGUGUUCAGGAGGCUGAGAAGAGCUGGAUAUAUCAAUGCUUUUGUCUCUAUCUUCCCCAACCAUUCUCACAAAUGUGUUUAUAUAGCAUCUGAUGGAGGCCGUGUAUGCAGACCUUACAUUAUUGUUAGCAAUAGGAAACCACUUGUAACUAAACAUCACAUUGAAGAUUUAUGCAGGGAGUUUAGAUGUUUUGAAGACUUUCUCCAUGAAGGUUUAGUGGAGUAUCUAGAUGUGAAUGAAGAGAAUGACUGUAUGAUAGCAUUAUAUGAAUCUCAGAUUACAGAGGAGACAACACAUUUGGAAAUAGAACCAUUCACUAUACUUGGUGUGUGUGCUGGUUUGAUUCCAUAUCCUCAUCACAACCAGUCACCCAGAAACACAUAUCAGUGUGCUAUGGGCAAGCAAGCUAUGGGUACAAUUGGUUACAAUCAACGCAAUCGCAUUGAUACGCUUUUGUAUUUCUUGGCUUAUCCUCAAGCACCUUUAAUCAAAUCAAAGACAAUUGAACUGAUCAACUUUGAUAAACUUCCUGCUGGACAAAAUGCUACAGUUGCUGUAAUGAGUUACAGUGGUUAUGAUAUAGAAGAUGCUUUAGUGUUAAAUAAAGCAUCACUUGAUAGAGGCUUUGGUAGAUGCCUGGUCUAUAAGAAACAAACAUGUGCUGUCAAGCGUUAUGCUAACCAAACGUAUGAUAGAGUUAUGGGUCCUAAAGUAGAGAGGGACACCUACAAACCAAUAUGGAGACACCAAGCUCUAGACUUAGAUGGAAUAGCUGCCCCAGGUAUGAAAAUAGAAAAUCGCCAAGUUAUGGUAAAUAAAGAAAUGCCAACAGUUACUUCUACCUCCCUGCAGCCUCAGAUGGGUCAGGUGAAACAAACAGAAUAUAAAGAAACUCCAAUAAGUUACAAGGGUUCAGAGCCUUCAUUUGUGGAGCGUGUUCUCAUCACAUCCAACCAGGAGGAGUCAUUUCUGAUCAAGAUGUUACUGCGUCAGGUGAGAAGACCAGAAGUUGGAGACAAGUUUAGUAGCAGACAUGGACAGAAAGGUGUUUGUGGCUUGAUAGUACCUCAAGAAGAUAUGCCAUUUUCUGAUUUGGGAAUCUGUCCAGAUAUUAUAAUGAAUCCUCAUGGCUACCCAUCACGUAUGACCGUUGGUAAACUGAUAGAACUAUUGGGCAGUAAAGCUGGUGUUUUAGAAGGGAAGUUCCAUUAUGGAACAGCCUUUAAAGGUGACAAAGUUGUGGAUUUGUCUGAAACGUUAAUAGAGAAAGGAUUUAAUUAUUUAGGCAAAGAUUUUGUAACUUCUGGAGUUACUGGGGAACCACUGGCUGCCUACAUCUACUUUGGACCAAUCUACUACCAGAAACUCAAACACAUGGUAGUAGACAAAAUGCAUGCUAGAGCCAAAGGUCCUAGAGCUGUGCUGACCAGACAACCCACUGAAGGGAGAUCAAGAGAGGGUGGACUUCGUUUGGGAGAGAUGGAGAGAGAUUGUCUUAUUGGUUAUGGAGCAAGUAUGUUGUUGCUGGAACGUCUGAUGAUAUCAAGUGAUGAGUUUGAAGUUGAUGUUUGUGGCCAGUGUGGACUGAUUGGAUAUUCCGGAUGGUGCCAAUACUGUAAAUCUUCCAAAGAUGUCUCAACAUUAAAGAUGCCAUAUGCCUGCAAAUUAUUGUUUCAGGAACUUCAAUCCAUGAAUAUAGUUCCCCGACUGUCACUAAAACGAUACAAUGAAAUAUAAAAUAUCAAAACUUUGUACUUUAUUGAGAAAAUGAUUUUCUAUCAGUUGUAUAACAAGUCAAAGUUAUGUCCAUAGAUAUAAAAACAAUAAGAUUGAAGUUGUUAUAAGAAAAUUUGGAUGGUACAAUCUUUACCAAAUUGAAAGUGAAAUUUGGAUAAUCAAUCAAUCAUUUGACCAACACGUUUCUUUGAAUGAAGUAUAGUAAUAAAAACUUACUAUUGGAUAUUUUGGACAAAACGUGUGCUUUCAAUUAAUAACAUUUGCCUAUUACAGUGGACAAUAUUGAUAAUAGAUGUUUCUGUAAAAUUUGAAAAAAAAAAAUGUUUAUGUUGAUGGUUUUAAAAUGUAUGUUAAUAAAUGUAAUUUUUGUAUUUUUG